AUGUGCCUCUGUUUCCCGGUAAAGUUGGCGUUCACUUUGGCGAAGAUAAUGCUGGCGGUCAUUGCCAUCGUGCUCAUUGCACUGGGUCUCGUAGGAAAAUUCAUUAUCAGCAGCAUCAGCGACAUCUACGGAUACCCGUUUUGCUUGGUAUCAGGAAUGAUUUUGUUGGCCGUAUGCGCGUCCGGUUGCUUCAUCAUCAAACUCAAUCUAAAAUGGACGACCACGUUAUACAUCGCGCUACUCGCCGCCGACUGCUGCCUGAACUUAUUGUUCUCCUCGUUCGUAUUGGACAGAGCCGUCAGAACCAACAAGCAAGACACUAGGAAUUUUUUGGCCGACGUUUAUUUGAAAGCGCGGCGAGAACCGGAAGCGUUGCUUGUGGCGAUUGCUCUCGGGAAACACUUCGAGUGCUGCGGAAUCGAAGGGCCUCAAGACGCCGAAGUUCGUCUCAACUCAGAAUCUGAUCGGUUGAUCUCUGGCUGCUGCCAGGAGCCAGUAACGCACUGCACUCGGAAGCAGGCGUUUAAAGAUGGCUGCAAGAAGAGAUUCGGAAAGUUUUACGAAAACAUUCUCCUUACGAUGGGGAUAUUUUUGCUUUUGGCGGGAGCGGGCCUUUUGUUUUUGCUUGGGAUGAUGUUGUUCCUUUGCUUGAUACCCACGCGGGUUUAG